AUGUCAGUGCGAGAGUUACGGAUCUGGAGACGAACCGAUAGCAGACAGACACCUGCCAUUUUAAUUGACAAGAACAGCUUCGACUGCUCACUGCUGCUGCAGAAUGGAAGCAUCGCAACGCUCGAUUCGGAUUCUGCUGAAGUGGAAAGACGCGGUUACACGAAAAUCAUGGACUCCUAUGGGAUUAUGGGUGUCUUGCGAAUAACUGAACAUGUCUUGGUGGCCGUGACUGGAGUGCUGUCGGUAGGACAGCUCUAUGGUGCGGACAUCGUCAAAGUGAUCUCAUGUGACUUCAUCUCACUUCGUAGCUUUGCACCGGUUGAAUAUAUCGAUCCUCGUAUAGUCGAUUUACAACGGUUGCUUUCAUCGGGUAUGUUUUAUUUUUCUUCAAAUCCUCGAUACGACAUCACUUUGUGUGCACAACGUCGAUCCGCAAACACUGGUAGUGACCAGAGAUUUUUUUGGAAUCGAUGUCUUCAUUUCCCCUUCGAGAGGUUUGGCAUUGACACAUCACAGUGGUUGCUUAAAUGUAUUGUUGGUUCAGUACUGGUUCGUACGGUGUACAUCGGUCAUCGAACAGCGCGAGUGGCGCUAUUGUCACGACUCAGCUGCGAACGAGUGGGCACACGAUUCAAUAUCCGUGGAGUCAACUCAAAUGGAUGUGUCGCUAACUUCGUCGAGACUGAGCAGGCCAUCGUCUUUGACGACAAUGACUGUUCCUUCGUGCAAAUUCGUGGAUCCGUGCCUUUGUUCUGGGAGCAGCCUGGAGUUCAAGUUGGUUCACACAAGGUGAAGCUAAGGGCGUUUGAGGCCAGCGUACCUGCAUUCCAAAGGCAUUUUUCGCGCUUGAUUUCAUUGUAUGGAAAAAUAACAAUUGUGAAUCUUCUGGGAAGGAAAGAAGGCGAACGAAUCCUCUCCGAUGCAUUCAAGACGCAGUAUAAGAAUUCGAAGCUAACGUCUUCUGUCGACUUCUUCGAAUUCGAUUAUCACUAUCAGAUGAAAAUUUCCAAGGAUUCACUUGGUCAUCUGCUCAAAAAACUUGCUCCUUCAAUCGAGGUGAACUCACUGUACGUUUCUAUUGAUGGGACCGUUAAAACGCAGCAAUCUGGUGUUUUGCGAGUUAAUUGUCUGGACUGUCUUGAUCGAACGAAUUCUGUUCAAACAGCUGUUGGCCUCAUGGUUAGUUCUGAGCAAGUGGCUGCGUUAGGUUUGAACAAAGACAAGGUGAACGUCAGUCAGCGUAUCGAGGAGAUUCUGCGAGAUCUUUGGCAGAAAAACGGAGAUCUUUGUAGCAAUAUUUAUGCAGGUACAGGAGCACUCGAUGGGAAAAGUAAGCUGAAGGAUGCGUCGCGUUCAAUUGCUCGAACUAUCCAGAACAAUUUGAUGGACAGUUCAAAGCAGGAGUCCUUUGAUAUUUUUCUUUCGGGCACUUGGUUCGAUUCGCAGACCUUCGACCGAGCAGCGAACAUUCUUCCGAGUCCUGUCCUCAACGAGUGUGAAGAAGCCGUGAAUCAGGUGGUUGGUCGAGUUCAGGAAAUCACGUCGCUGAAUCCAAUCAAAAUAUUUGUGGGCACAUGGAACGUCAACGGCGGCAAAAAUAUGCAUAACAUUGCAUUUCGAAAUGAAUCAAAUAUGACUCAUUGGAUCUUUUCUGAUGACACGCUCGGUAAGUGGUUACUUUUCUUCAAACUAGCGUUUGUGUUCAGUACGACGAAUCAGCGGGUAUGGACUGAAGGCAUCCGACGAGUACUGCAUGAGCAGGGUCCCUAUAUUCUUCUAGUCGUCGAGCAAUUGGUCGGAGUGUGCUUACUUAUUUUUGUUCGACCGCAACUUGCGCCUUAUAUAAAAGACUUUUCUGUUAAUUCUGUUAAAACGGGUAUGGGUGGAGCUACUGGCAAUAAGGGAUCGGUAGCAUUCCGAAUGGUAGUGCAUUCCACAAGCUUUUGUUUCGUAUGUUCACAUUUCGCUGCUGGUCAGAACGAGGUUCGAGAUCGAAAUGAGGACUUCACUACUGCCCUGCGUAAGAUCAGAUUUCCUCAAGGCAAAGAAAUCGAAUCUCAUGACGUAAUUUUUUGGUUCGGGGAUUUCAACUACAGGAUUAAUCUUAGUGGUGAUGAAGUGAAAAAAGCUGUUCAAUCGAAUGAGUUGACAAAGCUUUGGCCUUUCGACCAAUUAUCACAACAAAAUGCUCAAAGAUUGGUAUUUGAUGGUUUUCAAGAAGGUGCACUAUCUUUCGCUCCGACUUACAAAUAUGACACGUUUUCGGAUGACUACGAUACUAGCGAGAAGUGCCGUGUUCCCGCAUGGACUGAUCGAAUUUUAUGGAGGGAACGACGGGAUGUCACGGACACGAAGUUAAUACGGUAUUUCCGAUCGGAACUGAAAACGUCUGAUCAUCGUCCUGUCGGCGCCAUCUUCUCCGUUAAUGCCUACCGGGUGCAUCGUACGAAAUGCGUUUCACUUGUGGAGGAUAUUGUCGCAAGCCUUGGUCCACCAGACAGCACUAUUAUUUGCAAUUUGGAAGGAAUCAAAGGUUUCCCUGUGGCAGUUUUUCCAAAAAUUUUCGCGAAACUAAAGGAGAUACCGGCACAAGUAUGUCUCAGCAAGUUCGUAGGCGGUGAACUGCACAUAAUCCUUGAAAGUGGGGAAGCGGCACUUGCUGCGUUGAGCAUGGAUGGAAUCCGCAUAGAUGACUAUCGUGUCUCCGUGCGUUUGCGAUCUCCGGAUUGGGUGGAGCAUCUACAACCUAAAUUGACCAAGUUCGCUUCUUCUCUAACUUCAAACGAUUCUGUGUCCCUUUUUGAAUGCGACCUCACCAUCACCAAUGAGGAAGAGUUCGAUUUUGACGGUUUGUCACUUGUUACUAUCAAAUGA